AUGUCUACAACCGAGGAGAGACGAGUCACCUCCUGGAGCAAUGCCUCUCAGCUGCAAGCACGAGACUUCACCAACUGCUCAGCUGCAGUGGAGACUGUCGAAUCUCUGGAUCUCGACUGCAGUAAUGCCACCAGGACGGAGCGUCGAGUGGAGCUGGGACUAGGGAAGGAACAAACGUGCUCGGGAUCAUUGUGUUUCACGGUAGCGUUCUCCAUGUUCCUCUCGCGGCAGGGGAGAGGGGCAGACCGUCGUGGAGGCAAUUGCAACACUCAACGAGGUCAUCAUGUCAAUUGUCAGACUCCGUCAUGUGGUGAGUUUUCGCCCGUUGGAAUUGCCUCCAUAAUCAUGGGUGAAUUACUGAAAGUGGAAGAUUUCGUGGGUCUGGUUCAGCAGAUUGGACUCUAUAUGGUCACCGUUCUGCUGGGGCUGUUCAUACACGGCUGCAUCACCUUGCCCCUGUUGUUUCUGGUACUGACGAGGUCGAACCCAAUCAAGUUGGUGAGGCACACUGCACAGGCUCUCCUGACUGCUUUCGGGACAUCUUCGAGGUUUGUAAAUUGUUUUCCUUUCUGUGCUUAUUCAACGGUUCUUUCUCGAUAUCCCUAUCCUCCUUUGCUCUACUCAAAGCCUUUUCAUGUUCUGCAGCUCUACCAGUCACGAUCCCAGUGUCUGGAAGAGAAAGCCGGAGUUGACUCGAGAGUCACGAGAUUCAUGCUCCCUGUUGGAGCUACCAUCAACAUGGACGGCACAGCUCUCUACGAGGCUGUAGCCGUUGUGUUCAUAGCUCAAGUCGAGGGAGUAAACAUGAAUUUUGCCACACUUCUCAUUAUCUGUAUCACAGCCAUAGCAGCCAGUAUAGGAGCAGCAACAGUGUCCAGUGCAGGACUGGUGACAAUGCUGAGGGAGGGACUAGUGGACGACUCCCUACAGACCAGAACAGCUACACUAUCGACAAGCUAAGGAGUGGAACUAGCUAUGACAUCACUGUUACAGUAGUCAACCCUGCUGGGAACUCUUCCACCACCUUCACUCGCUCUACU